ACCAUUCCCCUUUUGCAUGCACUUUUGUUACUUUUCAAUUGGUCACACUGACUGAAGACAACAAUCUGGUUACUCUCACAUCCCCGUCCAAAUGUUGUCCACGUGGGAAAAGGUCCACUUACGAAUCGGAGGCAAAUUGGAAUUGAUCUUCUCAAAGAAAGGUUCUCAGCGAAUAUCUGAGUAAUAACAACGUCACCCAAGAACUUGAACCAACCUUAGAUCACGAUGAAUUCGCAUCAAGUGGUUUGACCGCACCAAAGCAAAUUGUUGCCUUAUGGACUCUCCAGGGGAGUAAAUCUAACAAGAAUGAAAUCUAUGUCUCAGCCCAAUGGGAAUGGCUCUGUUGAACCGUCGGAUCCUGGAAUUUUAGUGGUCGAUUUGGACCAACCUGUUACCCCGCCGAGUCUCCUAGAUGAUGCUACAAUUCCCGGGGUCAGAUUUGUAUGCCGAUCCCUUCGAUAUUGAGCCCGAACCAAAAUUAGAAGACCAAGUGAUUACUCUCAAAAAGGCUUAUUCGGCUCUAAAAUCGCCCACAAAAGAUCCCCUCGGAAUCCUUAGGUCUAGAAGCAAUUUGAGAGAAAACAACUCUCGGCCAGAAAGCGACCGGCCUAUUUCUGAUCGUUCGAUUGUUAAUGGUCCUGCCAAAUUGCACAAAGCUAUAAAGGAGACCUCAAACCAAAGUUUCGACUUCUGGAACGAACCAACCUUUUCAGCAUCCUCAAAAUGCCCACUUGCUCAAGGCCUUAAAUCUGGUGUUUCAAAAUUCCGAAACAUGUACCGAAAGAGAUGUUCAUCUCGUACUACCAGGGGCCUCCCAAUUGGGCGAGAAGUACAUAUCGACCAUGAGCUACUCCGGGUUGUUUACCCAGGUAUUUUUCCCCUGGCAGUGUGUUCCAAACCCUACCUAAAGAUCCGCUACUAUGGUCCAAAGUACAUUUUGAGGCCGUGUUACAUCUUGGCAUACUAGCCGGCUUUAAAUUUGUCUUUAAGUGCUCUGAGGAAGACGUGUCGGUGUCGGUUAAAUGCCCAGACACCGUGGAAACAGUCUCAAGGCUUAUAACUGAAAACGAGCCGUUCGUCUUGGCCCCAACUUCACUACGUAAAUUGAAUGAACAGUGUGUAGAAAUGACUGCUAUGCCCCUUAUCCUCUUUGCUAAACACACGAAAGCUAACCUUUUACUGAAUGUUGAUAUCACCCAUUGGGGCCUCCGUUUUCGGAAGCUGUUCUCUUUAUAUAUACUAUAGUUCGGGCAAUAUCAGUGAGCAAGAGCGAUCCAUGAUCCGAAGGGAUCUUGUUGUGGUUCUUCGAGAUCUUGGUAGAAACACCAGGCUUGUCUAUGGAAAAGAGCGGCGCAUCUUUUAUCAUUCCAAGGGGCUUGUAACGUAUUAUCGUCAAAAGCUAUUUAAGGAAGUCAAGAAGAUAAAACCUCAGAGCAAAAAGAAAGAAAAAGUACAAGUGCCUGAAUUUCCCAUGGCCGUUUCAUUCAAACUCAAUGAAGAUGGAGAGGAAUGCCUAGUCAAAUGCCCAAUUUGCGAGUUGCAGUUUGAACGAGGAAGCGAAACAUAUUUCUCACAUUUGGGACGUUAUCACUUUAAUCCCUAUUGUGAGCCUAGAACUUUCCAACAGCCAAAUUGUGGAUAUAGUAUUGAGGAUGGCGUUGACCAUUUUAAACAUGCCCACAGUCACUCCAAUGGCACUAUUCCCUUUGAAGCAAAUGGAAAUAUCAGGUUUGAAGCUGUAGAAAAAUCGACCUAUCCCAAAACAGGGACCGCCUUAGCCUGUUGGAAUCCUUGCCCAAUUUGCCUCAAGAAUAUCGCUACCGAUAACGAACUUCAAAUCCAUUUCGUCAUCAUUCAUUGCUUGAGUGAAAUUCUACUUCAUAUCCCUCGAAAAAAGGACUCAACAGAUACUCACUUAUGUCCCCGGAUUGGUUGCCUAGAAAUAUUUUCCGAUGUUUGGCAACUAGCUAUGCAUCUCGGAAUCAAGCAUGAUUUAAUCCGGAGUUGGUUGAAGCCCAUCCCCAAGAAGGAUGCCAUUCGCUGCCCAUUGAAGAAUUGCUUAGACCGGUCUGUGUCGGGUGAGUGGAGCAAAGCCCAAUCUCACUUGAGUCAACAUGCAAUUGGAUUCGUCAUUGAGGAGAUUGCUAAAUUGCAAAGGACAUUAGGCAAAGAUGAUGGGCAGUGUCCAAUGGUAGGCUGUUCUAUUGAAAAAGUUCGACGACGCGGAGCUUCUCAGGCAUUGGCAAGAAAAACUAAGUCAAAACAACUCAAUCUACGUGUGUCCAGUUUGCGUUCGCUCUUUGCAUUCUGUCAAGUGCUUUGGUCAUAAAACUCUACUUCACCAUC